AUGUCGACUGAGUCUGCAACCAUGUCGACGGAGGCCGCGACCUGCUCGACGGAGUCCGGCACCUCUUCGACGUCCGCGAACGUCUCAUCCGAGUCCGCGAACACCGACGAGGCCGCGACCUGCUCGACGGAGUCCGGCACCUCUUCGACGUCCGCGAACGUCUCAUCCGAGUCCGCGAACACCGACGAGGCCGCGACGGCGAGCACCUCCUCCGCAACGGACUCCGACGAGGACGCGACGGCGAAGCGGCGAAGCGGCGAGCGCGGCGGCGGCGGCGGCGGCGGCGGCGAAGCGCCUGCGACGAAAGCGUCAAAGCUUUAUGAGGGGGUAAAAUCCUUCUACAAAGAAGAGGACGAGACAGUGCCGGUGAACAUGUAUGGAAAAUCUAAAGUUGCUGCAGAGAAACUCAUUGUUGAGAAAUGCUCAAACUAUGCGAUCUUGAGAAGCAACAUUAUCUAUGGGCCACAAACAAUCUCUCCUGUGGCAAAAUCCCUUCCCGUUCAGUGGAUGGAUGGUGUUCUUUCACAAGGUCAGCAGGUUGAGUUCUUCAAUGAUGAAUUCCUGUGCCCUAUCUAUGUCAAAGAUACGGUGGACGUAAUUUUGUCAUUGACAAAAACUUGGUUAUCAGUUCAUAUAUUACAACGCUUCAAUAUUAGUGUUUUCCUAUUAGCAAUUGUUUUCCAUUGUGCCAUGGUGACUGACAUCAAAGUGCAUGCUGCAGAUGGCAAAAAAGUCCAGGUCCUCCUGAAUGUUGGCGGUCCAUAUAGGGUAUCAAGACUGCAGAUGGCUGAGUCUGUUGCUGUUGUUCGUGGAUAUAACCCCAAUAUAAUCAAAUCUGUGUCUGCAUCAUCGGCAUUAUCUUUCCUCUGGAAUGUAGCAUUGAAGCAUCCAUAUGAUAUCUGCCUAUUUAGUGUUAACAUGAGUACUAUUAGAACACAUUUAUUCAACAAGCAUGAUGUUUUAGGUACAAGUUGGUCUUAA